UAAAACCCGCACGGCCUUUUCGCCGCCUCUCCUCAGCCGCGAGCUCGUUCCCCUCCCCGUCCCCGGCAAGCCAUGGCGUCGCGCCUCCGCUCCUUCACCCGUCCUGCCGCCGCCGCCGCCGCGUCCUUCCUCCGCUCCGCAGCCAGCCGAAGCCCCGCUGCCUCCCUCCCCCGCUCCCUCGCUCCCGUCCUCAGGGCAUCGGCCGUGGGGCGGCGGAUGGCGCUGGCGCGGUCGCUGCAGCCGCUGCACAGCGCGGUCUCGGCGGCGCGGCUGACGUCGCGACUGGGGGCGGAGGUGGCACGGGCCGUGUCGCAGGGUACGCUCUGCAGCUCCUACCCGGGAGUCUGAGUCUGAUACAGUCUACUAAUCUUUGCAAACCCUACCUAGACGGGUCUCAGUGUCCCUCGAUAAUGAAAAGAACCACUUUUGGCAGCAGCAGUCCAAGACUCCGUUACCUUGAAUAAGUUUUUGUUAAAUGAUUACCCUAUUUAUUCUGGACCUCAUUUAUUCCUGGUAACAGUUAGUUUAAACUCCAUGUGAGCUCAGGUUUUUAUAGAACAAAAUCAUCUUUUGUAAACAAUUUGGUCAACUUGGACCAUCCGUCUCAAAGAGCUAACAUUGUUGAUCGGUA